AUAGUUGAAUUUCAAACUGCUACAAGUAAAAAAGCGUUAAACAAGCGCGCAAAAAACUUCAAACAAAACUUUUACUAAAAACAAAGUGAAAGAACUGUUUUUGAAUUUUUCUAUUCUCGAGAAGUGAAUAAACUAAAUACAAAAUAAAAAUGUCGUCUCUACCAUUAAUCUUGAGCUUGGCUGAUGACUUGAGCCGCUUGACACCAUUCUACGAACCAGUGUUCUACACUCAGGCCAGCAAUCACAACUUCCCAAAUGGUCGUUUGCGCAAAUUGGAUAAAGAUUUGCCAUUAGCUACUAUUGGAAAGGAUGGGUUCCAAGCCAGUAUGGAUGUACAGCAGUUCAAGCCAGUAGUUGAGUGUAAGGUGGUCGAUGAUCACAUCGUGGUCGAGGGUAAACAUGAGGAGCGUGAAGAUGAUCAUGGUUACAUCUCACGCAACUUUUCACAUUUCGAUUUAUCUCCUUACGCUUUGCCGAAAGGAUUCAAGUCCGAUAAAGUGGUUUCCACACUAUCUUCGGAUGGCGUCUUAACAGUUAGUGUACCAAAGCCGGCUAUUGAGGAUAAGUCCAACGAGCGUGUGGUCCAAAUUCAACAAACUGGACCAGCACAUUUGAAUGUGAAGGAGAAUCAAAAAGAAACUACCAACGAAGAGAAACCAAAAGCUUGAAAGUGAAGCAUUGAAAACUACCAUAAGUCACUCACCAUUUUUUUAUUUCACACGAUUUUAUUCAGUAUUUAUAAGUGUUAAUUAAUUCCUAGGAAAAGAAAAGUCUGUCUAAAAUUUAAAUUUGAGAAUAAAUUUUCAUUAAAAACAAAAAAAAAA